CAUGUACAAUUAGAUUUUAUCCUAACUUCUAAUCGCUGAGUGGAAUCUCUCCUUCAUCUUUCACUGCACUCCUUGCCUUCAGAGCGCCUCUGUGUGCCCGUAUACGCCAAGUUAUCUAGCUUGAAGUACCUAUCUCCAGGCUCCCUGUCCAACUGUGUUUCCUGAUUGCAGCAACGAUACGAAUUACUGAGUCUGUUCAAGAGACAUUGAUUUGUUGGCUUAUCUGAGCAAUGGACGCAGUGAGAACAUUCUACCGCAGUAUAUUUGGGCCUCGCCUGCUUCAAAUAUUCAGCUAUGCGAGUACCCACCAGCCUGGACAUGUCUACCAAGCUAAUGCAGUGGAGCGUCUUGGCGACACAAUGCUACGCUGUGCUAUCGUAGCAUACGGUGUUGCCUACUAUGUCUGGCCAGUUAUUCUUCCGUAUAUGUAUCGUAAAGGUGUAUUUGAUGUGGCCAGCGCUGGUCCAGCAUUGCGUGUUGCCAAAAUCACAGGUGGUAUUCUCGUCGCCGCUUAUACUCUGCGUGGUAUGGGCCGUGCAGUGAAUCCAGACUAUCAACGUAUGAUUCGGGCGUUGAUCGAACUGGAGAAAGAUCCGCGCAAUCUGGACAAGCAGCUUGCACUGCUUCAGUUUGACAUCACGCUGCAAUCGGCCCCUGUGCAAUUCCAGGCCAAGAGAGUCAGCUCGUCACCGCCGGAGGAAGGUUCGUUUUUACGCAACUGUUUCACCUCGUUCAUCUACCCCUAUUCCACGCUGAAGUCCAUUCUGGUGUCCGCACUUGGUCGUCCCAUGAUGUACCCCGGCUCCACCGCCAUUCUCAACUACCAGCUUGGACCCGUGCUCAUGCAGAAUCGCCAACGUCUCAUAUUUGAUGAGGAUGGUGCGCGCAAGAUCCUCGGUACGAUUGACGGCAACAAGAUUGACACGAUGUUUUUCGAUCGGCGUGGAGCGCAUGGCGCUGCCAACGGUGAUAUACUGGUGAUUGCUACAGACGGCAAUGCAGCAUACUAUGAGAUUGGUGGUACUGUGGCUUGCUUGCAAUCAUCCUACUCAGUUCUUGGCUGGAAUCACCCUGGUUUUGGAGCAAGCACGGGCUACCCGUUCCCGUCACAAGAACAGAAUGGAAUAGAGGCUGUGUAUCAGUAUGCAACAGAGCAGUUGGGAUUCUCUCCCGACAGGAUCAUGCUCUAUUCCUGGUCCAUCGGUGGCUAUGCUAGCAGCUUCCUGGCUCAAGCUCAUCCUGAUAUCUCGUCUGUGAUCUUGGACGCCACGUUUGACGAUGUGACCAGUCUUGCAGUGAAUCGCAUGCCCGGUGCAAUAAGUUGGUUUGUUAAGGACCUUGUACAUUCUUGUAUGAACCUCAACAACGCAGAGCUCAUCAACAGAUAUGACGGUCCAGUCACAAUAGUGAGGCGUUCCAAGGACGAAAUGAUGAUGACAAACGGGACAGUGACCAGUAAUCGGGGAAACCAUCUCUUCAUGUCACUCUUCAAGAGACGAUUUCCCAACUUGGCCACUCCAGCAACUGAGGAAUUUCUGUGGACUCUGCUGGCAAAUCCAUCACCCAAUAUGCCGGCACACUGCGGCAAUGCCAGCUUACAGGAAGCUCUUCUGACCAGCAAUGCCCGCGAGCACGGCUACGAGUACCCAUGUUUGCUUGGUACGGAGAUGACGGCUGACGAACGCAACAGGAUGGCCGCUUUCAUCGCUGAUAAGGUUCUGCAGCAUUAUGGCUCUACGCACUGCGUCUCUCUUCCAGCUCGCUACUUACGCAAGCCAUGGACGUUGAGCUAGGUUCUGGCCAUGUUACCCCUUGCUAUCUACGGUUCUCUGGUGUGUGCCUGUCCAUCUGCUGGUCUGGCGCACCUGUGUCAGCGUGGUACAAUUGAGGCCCAGUGAGGUGAUUAAGGGCCGCUCACAUGCCACGCCAAUCUAGCGUUAUGCGUUCUGAGUAGGCUACGGAUUAUUGGCCCUGCCCGUUGAAUGCUCCUGAAAUCCCGAUGCUGUGCCCUUUCAUUAUUUUGCUCUGCGGUUAGUUGCACAGUUCGGGCAUUUGUAUUUGCUCAGUUUGUUCGCACUGCUGUGGUCUGUGCAUGAUCGAUACAUGCUCAGUGUGCCGUGUAAGAGCAAGUGUCUCCUGUGGCAGCACUGCUGCUUCUGUCAAGUUUGUGCAACGCUCGAUAGCAUAACACUAGACUAUUGUCCGCAGUGCGAUACUGCUGGUGAGCCACCCAUGCUGAGUUCACCGUUCACCCCAUGUUGUCUGGCUUCAGCAACUUUGAAAAUUGUCGUUGUGGCCCUCCUCUCCCAUCCUAUCCAUUUGUCUUAGCCUUGGGAGAGAGGGGCGUCAUGGGAUCAUUCCUUCUCCCCUAUCCUUUAGCCCCAACUAACCAUCUGUGUACUGGCUGCUUGUGCGUUUGAGUUCUAGUUUGUUAGGACAAAAAACCUGCACUGGCCGUCUCUAUCUAGCACUGUAUAUAGUGAAUAGCACCAUGUUGUGGCACGUCGCCUUGUUUCUAAUCCUCUCGAUCUCUCAUGCAUUUAGGAGGGGCUUUCCCUACGUUUGUCACACUCAAUUUUAGCUCUCUCAAUCUCCGGAUUUCUCAUCUGGUGUUUUUUUUUUAUGAAUUUGUUUUGUGUGCGAUCAUGUAGCCCAUGUGGAACACUCUCCUCAUCGUAUUCGACAUUUUUAUUCUAUUUUCUUGUAGAUGUUUUUGCGAUGUUUCGCGAGUAUCUG